AUGCACUUGGUGCAUCACACAGAUGCCGACCAACCCUACGCCCAUCAAUACCCCCCCGCGCGCAUCAAUUCCUCAAUCCGCAGUCUUCAAUCCGCGACACCUUCGACAACCUCGGCGGACAGAGUCCCACUCCGCAAAAUACUCAAGCAAGAAGCAAAGUCUCUCAAGGCCCAGAAACGACAGCGGAAAGAGAAUGAAGAGGCCUCGAGACAACAAUGGGAGCUGACCGUUGGCGUGGAGAUUCACGCGCAGCUGGACACGGCUGCAAAGCUUUUCUCCCGUGCACCAACCUCCUCGAGUGACGUCCCCAACACGAAUGUCGCCUUGUUCGAUCUAGCCUUUCCGGGCAGCCAACCGGAAUUUCAAGCUGCCACCCUCCUUCCAGCCCUUCGUGCAGCUAUUGCAUUGAAUUGUCAGAUUCAGCCCGUCAGCCGAUUCGACCGGAAGCACUAUUUCUACCAAGACCAACCAGCCGGAUACCAAAUCACCCAAUACUAUGAGCCCUUUGCCCGGAACGGCUACGUGGAUCUGUUCGACUACGAUGGUAUCGCCCCCGAGGAUGGGGAGAAGAUCCGCAUAGAUAUCAAGCAGGUCCAGCUAGAGCAGGAUACCGCCAAAUCCCAGGAAUACCCACCCUCUACGCAACUGCUCGACUUCAAUCGUGUAUCCCAUCCUCUCAUCGAAAUCAUCACGAUGCCUCAGAUCCACACCCCGGCUACUGCUGCGGCCUGCGUCCGGAAACUACAAUCAAUACUCCAGGCUUGCGGUGCUGUGACUACGGGUAUGGAACUAGGCGGGCUUCGUGCGGACGUGAACGUCUCAAUUCGCCGCCGAGGGGAGGCGCCUGGCCAGUGCGAGUACGAUGGAAUUAGCGGGCUUGGGCAGCGCACCGAGAUCAAAAACCUCAGUAGCUUCAAAGCUGUGGAGGACGCCAUUGUCGCGGAAAAGAAUCGUCAAAUCGCCGUCCUCCAGAGCGGUGGAGUAGUCGAGGGGGAAACGCGAGGUUGGACCAUUGGCAGUACCGAGACUCGUCUGCUGCGAGGGAAAGAAGGUGCGGUUGAUUACCGGUACAUGCCCGAUCCUGAUAUUCCUCCUCUCAGGAUCGGCGCGGACCUAAUCGCCAGCCUUCAGGAGAACCUCCCCACGUCUCCCGACUCUCUUGUCCUCCAGCUCAUCGGACCAGCGUAUGGUCUGUCGAUCGAAGACGCUAAACCAUUGAUUGAAUUAGAUGAUGGCGCCCGAUUGGAAUACUAUCAAGAUGUAGUCGAUAUUCUUCGUGAGAUCCACUCUAGCCCCGAGAAGUCCUCGCGCGAUACUCUGGCGCGCGUAGCAGGCAAUUGGGUUCUCCACGAGCUGGGUGGGCUUCUCACCAAAGCAGACCGGGCCUGGGAUGCGACGGUCGUCCCGGCCCGGUCACUGGCUGAACUGAUCGAUCAUCUCCAGCGCAAACUUAUCACCGGGCCCACUGCCAAACAAGUUCUGGCGGGGAUCUUCGAUGGCGACAGUCGCCCAGUGGCUGUGAUCUUAGAAGAGGACAACCUUUUGCUCCGGCCGCUAUCGCGCGGAGAGUACCUGGCACUGGCCGAGGCGGCGAUCGCGCAGAACCCCAAGAUGGUGGAGCAGAUCCGCAGCAAGAAGCAGAUGGGCAAGCUGGGGUGGUUCGUGGGGCAGAUGAUGCGCACGGGCGAAAAAGGCCGCGUUGAAGCACCAAAGGCGGAGGAGAUUCUUCGCGAACUGAUCUUCCAAUAG